AUGCAGAUUGUUGUACAGCACUAUUCGUCCACUACCCCGCCCGAACCUUCUGCCAGGACCCUCAUCCAGGAAGGACGUCGCCUUGUUCACGCUGCUACAUCAUCCAAGGGCUGGUGUAAUGUCGCCAUCAAUGGCCUGGGCGCGAGAAAGCAAGUGGACAAGGCCUCUGUCACGACCAGCUUUGCAUAUGCACCAGCGCCUCCGGUUCUCGCUUCGCAAUACCGGGCAGAAAUCGUUCUCAGGGAAUGGGACACUUCCGCGGCCCCGUGCGCAGAUGAAGAUUAUCGUAUUUGUGACCUCGACCAGUUUGAGAGCACGAACUUCGAGCACUUGCUGCGGGCCUAUCCGGAAUCGUCUCUUCCCUCGUCGAUUGGCCUUCAUCAUAGCCACCCGGGCCAGACACUCGACAAUGCUUGGGACUUUCUCUACGGUCCACCCGUGGUAAAGAAACCCCCAGUCCAUAGAGAAUCGCUUGAGAACUUGAUCACCGAUGUAGAUUUACAUUGGCUGCCGCAUCCGCAAGUUACACAUUUUCCUCCUCCUCCCACGUCAGUCAAGCCUUACUCAAAGGUGCCUCCAUUGCCUGUGCCACCCUUCACCACGGCACAAGUCGAGGAGUACUUGAACGACAGAUGGGCUCGAGGAACCUGGAUCGUGCCCGUCCAGGGCGCCUUGCCGAUCAAUGCUUGCACCUCAGCCACGGUAUCGCCUCUCGAAAGCAUGGCGACACCAUGCAUCAGAGAAUCACAAUCAGGCGGCAACCGUGAGGUGGUUUGGACGCAACAUUGUCUGCUACAGUUCUGGGAUUUCCUCGUCGCCGUUCAAGGAUCAGGCAAGCUCGGUCCUAUAAACUUAGCUCUAGAACUUUCACCAUCGGAAGAACCUCCCUUCACACAACAAGCAGAAUCCGCCAUGCAUGACCCCCUGGCGUCUUAUCUCUCCAUGAUGGAUCACAUCAGGAUCAUGGUAGACAUGCAAUAUGCUAUGCAUGUGAGGAGUGUGUUGGAUGCCUGGAGUUAUGAUACCGGCGAUGGAGGCACGGUCAUGGAUACUCUAUCCCCUAUUGCGAACAAGGUUCGAAUACUGAAAGGCGCAACCUUGCUCCUCCUGGACAACCUAGGCCGUGGCUUGUUCGCUGUUUAAAUUUGCGCCGCUCGUCCCACCUAACACUGAAGAUCCACGACAUGGUUGGCGAAGCGGAUCCAAAGAACAUUCAAGAAGAACAUAAACCAUCCCACGCAAGAUCGGUCUAGUCUAUCUCAUAUCGGGGACCGCGAAAUCACCAUGCGCAUCUUGCUGAGGCUUCUUUUCAACGCGUUCCCCGCCCAGCUCCACCUCCCGGAUCCUUUGUCAGGCUGAUUGGCCU